GAGAGGAGAGAGAAGAGGAGAGGAGGAGAGGGAAAGAGCGAGAACGAGAGACGAAUGAGUAUUUAUGACGCGAGGAUCGCAGGAUGGAUGGACAGACACUUAGAAAAUGAAGAAACUCGUUGUUUGAAACUAUUUGCUAGAGGGAGAAUAAAAAAAUGUUAAUCUUACGGAUUCUUCAAAUGCGCAUCAAGUAGGGAUCUACGCCAAAUGAAGAAUUAACGUAUUUUUCUAUGUAAACUCAACAUUUCCGAGUGAGAACGGUUCGUAGGCGAUGCACGUUGUUAAUGUGAAUGGACUCGGUGUCUCUCUCCUUUUGUUAGCGCUGUUUUCAUCAAAUUAGCGCAGCCCAUACUCCGCUGCACCCCCCUUGUCGGACGGCCAGCGGACAGCUAAGGACCCGCGUUCUAUCUAGAAGAGAGACCGCUCUCCUGUGGUCGAAAGCCGGACCUCUCACCUCUCAUUCCCCGCUAUAAGAGAGGAUCUUCUCGGUAUGAAAGCUCCAUAAACAGCUAUUUUGUAGGGAACCCGUCUGGCAGGGAAGCAACAACAAAUCCCCGUUUUCAGACUGUGAUUUUUGGGGGACGCGGGCUCGCGUUAUGGGGAGGGAGACCUCGCGUAUCACAAUGGAAUUGGAGUUUGAGAACACGUCCCCAGUGCGUUAAGGAACGCAGCCUUAUUCCGUUACACUACUGUAUUUUACCUUCUCAACUGAAGUCUUUUUUUCUUAUUUUUUUUAAAACUACCAAAUCCGGGAUGCCGCAUUUCGUGGGGUGAAGGUUCCGAACGCGAGGAAAAGAAGGAGAGAGAGAGAAGAGAGGGAAGGACGGAGGAGAAAGAGAGAUUCGGAGAGCAUGGCUCUUGCAACGUUGUCUCUCUGUGUGCUAACUCUCACCUGGGCAAACUUGUACCAGGUGUGUGCCAACAGGCACGCGGUGCAUUGGAACAGCUCCAAUAUACAUCUGCGUAGGGAGGGCUACACGGUGCAGGUGAAUGUGAACGACUACCUGGACAUCUACUGUCCCCACUACAAUGACAGCCAGCGCGUGGUGGGCACCGGGGAGCAGUACAUCCUCUACAUGGUCAGCUACCGUGGUUACAGGACCUGUGACCCCCAGCUGGGCUUCAAGAGGUGGGAGUGUAACCGCCCCCACGCACCAAUCAAAUUCUCAGAGAAGUUCCAGCGCUACAGCGCCUUCUCCCUGGGCUACGAGUUCCACGUGGGUCAGGAGUAUUACUACAUCUCUACACCCACUCAUCACCACGGUCGCAGCUGCCUCAGAUUGAGAGUUUAUGUCUGCUGCUCCACAGUGUCUGAUGUUAAUGUAGAACCAGGACAUCCAGAAACAGACUACACACUCAGACCAGACAUCAAAAUCCAGGACAUCGAUGAUUUUAACCCUGAGAUUCCUAAAUUGGAGAAGAGUGUCAGUGGAAGCAGUCCAUCCAGGGAUCGCCUACUCAUCACCAUAGCGACGCUCCUUCUCGCUGCCAUCACCAUAUCCUAGCAACGGCCAUCCCAUCAGUGUCGCCAUGCCAACCAGCCAUGGGAGGGCUUGGGCAGGAGGGGUGAAGGAUGACAAGGACUGAGGAUUUGGGGGAAAGGGGACAGGAGAUUAAGGGAACAUGGAAAAUAGGGAGUUAGAAGACUUCUGAAUGACAUUGGUUGACAAGGUGUGUGUGUGUGUGUGUGUGUGUGAGUGUGUGUGUGUGUGUGUGUGUGUGUGUGUGUGUGUGUGUGUGUGUGUGUGUGUGUGUGUGUGUGUGUGUGUGUGUGUGUGUGUGUGUGUGUGUGUGUGUCUGCUGCUGCUGCUGCUUAGAAGACGACAUUCACACAGAGUAUGAAGAGAAGACCUUUUAUGACUUUGGACAUUGGGCCUGCAUGUGUAGGUAUGUUUCAGAGUGUGUGUGUCUCAACAUGUGGUGAAGGUAGCCUGUUGAAACAUGCACACUGCAUACAGCAUUUAUUAGAGAGGAGAAGAGCACCUGACUUUUUAUUGGAGCAGCUGAUCGCAAUGAAACACAGUGACACUUUUUCAUGCAAUCUGAUUGGCUGACACAGUUCUCUUCUUAGGGCUAGUUUCCUGUUUCUUGCUCCGGAGACUGAACUGAUUGAACUUGACUGAAACUAUCUGAAUUAUUGCCUUUUUGUUCUGCCAACUGGAUUCAACCAGAUCUAGUCUGGAUCCCUUCUGUGGAACUGGAUCUAGUGGUCCUCCUCCCAUGUGAUCUGGUCUGAUCUGGACCGUAGCAGCCUAGUAUGAAAGAGCCAGUCUGGGUCCAGGUUUCUGAACUGGGAAGUGGGACCAUUCAGUCUAAUAUGAGAGAGGGAGAGAGAGCUACAGUAAUGUAUCAGAGUAGUAAUAUGUGUCAAUACAAUGACAGCUAUAGGUUCUAGGUCAGUGGUUGUAUACAUUGUUAUACACAUUGACACAACCUCUGGCUCAUCAUUAAACCCCCUAGAGACAUGUUUGUCCUUCAUUCAUUCAUUCCUGGAUAGCAUUAUCUCUGAUCUCAGAGGUCAGAAAAGCACAGCAAUACUGUCACCGAAUGCAUUGUAUUUGGUUGUACACUGAGGACCUCUCUUCCUCUCUCCUGGAGUCGGAUGGAAUGGGACUACAUACCACAGACUCCACAUGCCAAACUCUUCUGUUUUAUUUUACUGUACACACUAGAACUAGAAUCAGUGUGUGUGUGUGUGUGUGUGUGUGUGUGUGUGUGUGUGUGUGUGUGUGUGUGUGUGUGUGUGUGUGUGUGUGUGUGUACUGACAAUGCACACGGCAACAUACUGUACAUGUCUUAAGUUUAAGUAACUGAACAAACCAAGUGUAUCUGAACAUAUAGACAACACUAAAUAAACCUUGGGUUUAGGUUCUACAUGCAAACCAAGUGUAUCCGGGAGGACAGGAGAACAAUGGGUUAAACUUUAUCCUACAGUCCUCUGAUUGACAUGGUAUUUUCCUUCCUAGUUUCUUUGGGAUCAUAGAAACAAUCAUUUUGGUAGUUACUCAUUGUAUAAGUACCAGAAAGUACAUAUUGUUGCCAUUACAUCUUAGUAAAUACUAGGUUAAUACUGUCUGAAAGAGGACUGUAAAAUGAAGUGUACUGAACAACGUGAACAAACUGUACUAACCUGUUACCAUGGUUCUUGACUAACUCUUUUCACUAGGAACUGUCACUUUGUGGGCCAUGGUAACACCCUACCUUACUGCAAUGUGUAUAGGCAGUUUACUGUAGUAGGGCAUGCAUGGCUUACUGUAGUAGCUCUGAAGAUGAUGAUGAUGAAGGUAUGGAUGGCCUAUCGGAUACAGAGCUGACCUCUGACCUAUAGAGGUCAAAGAGGUCGCACGUCUUGACACGUGUCACAGACAUUCUAGAACUUUCACGCGUCGAGAAUGGAUUUUUCCGAUGUCUUGAACUCUGACAGAAUGAAAUGUGAUGUAAGCAUUUUUACAAACUUGAAGCUCAAUUUCCUUGUUCUGUUUGUAUUUUUUAAUUUGCUGUGGUGUAUGUUGGGGCGCUGGGAAGGGGUAAACGUUGGGAUAACUGGACUAGAGACAUGCAGUACUGUAUAGGACACGGAGUUCCACUAACGUGCUUUCAGAUUUACCAAUAAGCACCAUGUUGCAACAAAUGUUUCCAGACCGUCAAAUUGGAAUGAUACUGUCAUUGAAACGUGGUGCCAACAUGAGGGACAGUUGGCUGAGAUCAGUAUGUAUACAGUAUGUAUGGCUUUGGGGUGGGGGGUGAGAUG